UGGAUCUUCAAAUCCCGGCAUGUCACUGGAACUAAACCCGUUGCACCACCAUAUGAAGCCAGUAUAAAUAAAAGUCCUCUUGUUCCUCUCCUCUGUCUCAGAUGAGUCGGUCACACCGUCACUAACCUCGAGUCCUCGACCAUCUUGAGGGACACCCAGACCUCGAUAUCCUCUCCCGAGUCCCCGCGAGUCCGCGACCCAGCCCACAAUGCAGUCCAGUCACCAACACGAUCUUGGGUACGCCUUCUCGCAAGCCAUUGCGACGGUGAAGAUGAACCCGAUGCCCGAACCCAUCGGUGUCUUCGACCGGUACAUCGCGAAACAAACCGAGACCAUUAUCCUCAAGGAGAAGGUCCUCUCCCUCAGCGGCGACAGCUUCGACAUCAAGCUCGCCUCCGGGAACCCCUUAAUCCGCGUCGACGGCAAUGUCCUCUCCCUGCGCGGCAGGAAAAAGGUCUUCGACAUGUCUGGCCGUUACCUGUUCGACAUAUACAAGGAGCACCUGCAUCUUCUACACACGACCUACGUUGUCGAGGAUGUGGAAAAGAAAGUGAAGAUUAUGCAAGUCAGGAAUGCGUUCAAAUUCUUUGGGUCCAAGGCCAACGCAACUUUCACCUCCACCGGCACAGGAAAGCCUCAAUCCCUCGUCAUGGGGGGCAACUGGUUUGACACCAGUGCCGACAUCGUGGACGAGUCAUCCGGUGCCGUCGUCGCUCGGAUCGACCGGAAACUGCUCAACGCCCGCGAGUGGCUGGGCGGCCAGCAAACGUAUGCCCUUGUCGUGGCACCGGGGGUCGACAUGGCUCUUAUGUGCGCCUUGUGCAUCUGCCUGGACGAGAAGAAUAAUGACAGUUGAUGAGUACGGCGCAACGGGAGGUUUGAUUUGUGGGCUUUGUCUUUGUUCAUUGCAGGACAUGGAGUUUUUCCCUUUUUUUUUUCUUUUUCAAAUUUGGCAUUGACAUGAUAUCCUAGAUUUGUUAUGCCAUGUACUACUUGAUCUCUCUACCACACACAUGCUACCUCAUAAACUCGACUUAACUAGAUGGUGUUCUUGGAACCAUGCUCCCCGCCGCAAGAGUGGCCAUGCUCCGCCUCCUCAGCAAUGG